AUGGAUAUAACGUUCAGUCCGGCGCUGCACAGGCAGAGACAUCAAUUCGUCAUCGAUUUUAUCAAGAAGAAUAAACCCAAAAAGGUGGUGGACUUGGGCUGCAGCGAGUGCAGCCUUCUCAAACAACUGAAGUUUCACUGUGAAAUCGAACUGCUGGCCGGAGUGGACAUCGACGGUGCCAAAGUGAAAAAGAAAAUGCAUGGAUUAGCUCCGAUGUCAACGGACUACCUGCAACCUCGUAAUGAUCAGCUGCUCGUUGAGAUGUACCAGGGCUCAGUCACACAAAGGGACGCCCGCCUCAGAGGGUUUGACCUGGCGACCAGUAUAGAGCUCAUAGAGCACCUCACUCUUGCUGACGUGGAGCGCUUCUCUGAGGUGGUCUUCGGUUACAUGUCUCCAGCGGCAGUUAUCGUCAGCACCCCAAACUACGAGUUCAACCCGCUGUUCCCUCGACUUACGGGUUUUAGGCACAGCGACCACAAGUUUGAGUGGACCAGAGCCGAGUUCAAGUCCUGGGCUCUGAAGGUGUGCGUGGAUCACGGUUAUGAGGUGGAGUUCACCGGCGUUGGACGGGCACCUCCGGGCCAGCAGGAGAGAGUCGGCUUCUGCUCCCAGAUCGGUGUGUUUCACCGGCUCGGGGGAAGAGAGGUCUGCAACGUGUUUUGUGAUGAUGCUGACAAUGCGCUUUCAUACACACUGCUGUAUAGUAAGAACUACCCCAGCCUGCAUGACAACAACAUCUUGCGGAGGGUCCUGGCGACAGAGGUGUUGUACUGGGCAGAACAGCUGAGGAGGAGAUGGGUGGAGGAGGAGACCGGCCAAGGGGAUGACGCCGAUACACCGGCUGAGGGGGAAGGGAAGGAAUGCCACAGAGUCUCAGAGCAACACCUGGAGAUGGAAGAGAAGCAGACAGCAGCAGCGAUGAAGAAUCUGGUGGAGCAUCAAGACGUUGAGGAUGGAGAGCUGUUUUGGACAGAAGGACAACAGGAGUCUGGCAGAUUGCGCAGGUGUGUGUCUGUACCUCUGUCUAUGCUGUGGUCCCGCUGCCCCAAAGUCGGUGCCCUGAGUGGAAGCCUCGGUAACCUCAGACGGCUCCUGAUGGAUCACCCCGACGUUAAACUGAGCCAGGACGGCUCUGCUGUGCUCCUAAAUGACCAGGAACAAGGAAUAACUGAAGAAGAAGAGGAUCGUGAUAAUUUGGAGGACAGCGGGUUCGCAGAGGCCAGACGGUGUUCCCACAGUUGUGAGCCGGAGGAAGACUGGGAUGCAGAUGCUUUGGCGUCGGGGGACAAGUAGGUGACUUGUUGAGUCAGCACGUGGUUACUGUUGUGCUGACGAUUCCCAAAAGCACUGCUGAAACUGUGGCUCUUGGGUUUAUUAGAUGGCUCGUUUGGACUUUGUGUUCUGUGUAAAUAUCCACUGGCCUCAAACAGGAGUACACUUGCUGAGGCCACUUAAUGUAAAUGGUACAAUAAAAGAUGUUCACAUUGUGAUUGCUGUGCAUUAAAGCA